AAUGUUUACCGUUACAUAUGGAGACAGCGUUUUAUUUGUAAUUUUCAAGUUGUACUUUUUCGGCAUUAUAGUUUCAUGCAACAUCGCGUCGUGUUUGGUAAUUAAAUUAUUUGAUUAAUAAUAUUUUAAACCGUUUCAAUAAAAAGUAAAUAAAGGUGAGAAAAUGUAUAAAGGCAUUUGAAGCGCCUUCAAUACGCGGAAAGGAAACAAUAUUUAAAAAUAUUGAAAAUCGCGGAAAAAAACAGACGAAAAUGUGAAAAGGAUGAGCAAGUGGUAGAAAUAGAAGAACGUGUUUUAAACAGUGAGAUAGAUUUAGAGGCCAGAGAAUUCCAGAAAAAUAUAGCUUAAAUACAUAGCUCAAGCUAAAGACAGAAAGGAAUGCAAUUGUCAGAUGUUCUAAAAACGCAUGGAAGAGUAUAUAAUUAUAAUAACUAUAAUUAUUCUUUAUUAUUUUUUUAGAAACAAUGCUACAGGAUAACAAGCUUUUAAGAGAUCAACUCCGAAUUUGCAUGAAAGCAGUAGUCGAUAUGAAAGUGGUUGUAAAUAAGUGGAAUCGCCACAUUGCUGAGGAAACUGUUUUAACAGCAAAAUUUCCAUUGUCAAGUGUGGAGGAGGUAGAAUGUCUAAAUGCAGAAAUAAAUAACGACAAUCGCGAAUGUUAUGUAAAGACUAUGAAAUCACUUUUUAGACCGGCAGAGGUGGUUAAAAAUCUUAAAGAGAUAUUGACGGACGCUGUUGUCCAAGAAUAUAAUAUUGACGGAAUUCAUGGAAAAAAAUCUUUAAGAAGUCUGGAGAAUUUUUACUCCACCCUAAUAGCUAUGUAA